AUGGUGUCUUUUCUUGAAAGCGACGAGUGGACUGUUUCGGAUGGUGUCAGCACGAAGGCAAGGCUUCUGUUAGAGAAAAUAACACUGACGCCACUUGAAGCACAAGACCUUGAGAAGAACUCGCGGAGGCAGCGCGACAGUGCUACCUGGCUUCAGGCAAGGCAGUACCGCCUGACUGCAUCGAACUUUGGCACCGUACAUCGUCACGGCGAGUGGACAGAGAAGGGACUGGCAAACCUGACCUCAACAAAGGAUUUGUCCAGGGUUCCUGCCAUCCGGUAUGGGAUUGUCAACGAGCCUAAAGCACUGCAACGCUACGAGGACGUUUUAAAGAGCAGGGGCCGAGACGUCCAUCUGUCGAGUGCGGGGCUGUUCGUGGAUCCUGACCAACCAUGGCUCGGAGCAACUCCAGAUGCAAUUGUGCUUCCACAAAGCGUCCAGCAAGACGGACCACCGGUGACACAUCACCAGGACCAUCUUCCAAUACAAACCACACAAAUUUCGACCAAGAAUCCCCAGAAAUCAAGCGGCUGUGCAUGA